AUGAGCAGUGUAGAUCAAAUAUGGGAGAUCUUCGAAGCACAGCCGAAGACUAUCAUUGAUCUCCGCGCAAUGCUGCAGGAAGACGUGAAACAGACAGGCAGUGAUGACAGAACGAAGUGGCUGGAGGACAUGAUCACAAAAGCAACAACAGAGACAACUGCAGCUCGAUCUUGUCUGCAUUUCGGUCCUGUCUGCGGCUCGGUCUUGUGCGCAGCUCGGGCUUGUCUCCAGCUCGGUCGUAUCUGCGGCCCGGUCUUGUCCGCAUCUGUGGCACCUUGA